GCCAUAAAGAACACAGAGUCGUCUAUCCAAAAUGGAAAGUCGUGGCUUCAUAAUAUUAGUAUUUCUGGUACCGUUAAUGAACGGUGUUAGCAGUUUAGACUUAACACGCAACCGAAGAGAUGAUGCAUGUCAAAUAGACCAAAACCAGCGAAUAGAUUGUUAUCCGGAAAGUGGUUCCAGUCAUCAAGGUUGUCUAGAUAGAGGAUGUUGUUGGCUCGAACCACCUGGUGGAGUUCACAAUAUACCAUGGUGUUUCAAGCCAUCUGGGGGAGCAACUGGGCAGAUAACUCGGGCUCCAAUAAAUGUGGACCCUAAGUGUGCUUCUACACCUGAAGACCGUCGGGCGGAUUGUUAUCCAGAGCCCGGAUCAACACAGGGUGGUUGCGAGAGUAGGGGUUGCUGUUGGCAAGCCUCGUCUACACCUGGCGUACCCUACUGUUAUUACGUUGAAGAUAAAGACAUCGGUUACCAGGUUGAUAGCAUAUCUGCCGAUAAAUCUUCAGCUACAAUAAGCAUCAUCAAAGCAGGUCAUUGGGCUAAUCCAGUUAAUAAUUUGAAGUUGGAUAUUUACAGAGAGACACCGAAAAGACUGCAUUUUAAGAUCACCGAUCCUAAUAAUAAAAGAUUUGAAGUCCCUAUAACUACACCGGUACCAAGUAACGAUGCAGGUGACACGGCUGAGUAUGAUAUCCAAAUUGUGGAGAAACAGUUCGGGGUUGUGGUCAAGCGGAAAUCAUCAGGGGCCAUUUUAUUUGAUACGAGUAUUGGACCACUGACUUAUGCUGACCAGUUUAUAGAAAUAGCUACAUCACUACCGACAUCAUAUAUCUAUGGAUUGGGUGAACAUCGUGGACAAUUUUGGCUGGAUCCUAAACAACAUAGAAAACUUAGCAUGUGGGCGCGUGAUAUACCACCAUCGGACAAUGUAAAUCUUUAUGGGUCACAUCCAUUUUUCUUGGGAAUAGAAAAUGACGGUAACGCUUAUGGAGUUUUCUUACUAAACAGCAACGCAAUGGAAGUUGCAUUGUCACCAACUACUCCCGUUACAUUGCGUUAUAAAACCAUUGGAGGAAUCUUAGAUUUUUACAUCUUCACUGGUCCAAGUCCAAAUGAAGUCAUCGAACAAUAUUUAGAAGUUAUUGGUAAGCCAAUGUUGCCGCCAUAUUGGUCUUUGGGAUUCCACAACUGCCGUUGGGGUUAUGGUGGUAGUGCUGGCAUGCGGGAAGUUAUUAAAAGAUUACGAGAUAACGGCAUUCCCUUUGAUACACAAUGGAAUGAUAUAGAUUAUAUGAUUGAACAUAGAGAUUGGUCAUAUGAUACUAAAACAUAUGGAGAACUACCAGCUAUUGUUAAAGAUCUUCACGAUCAUGAUCAGAAAUAUGUUAUUAUUUUGGAUCCUGGUAUAAGCUCUACAGCCACAAACUAUCCAUCAUAUGAUGAAGGUGUUAAAGAUGAUAUAUUUAUUAAAGAUGCUGAUGGAAAUAAUUUAAUUGGAAGUGUAUGGCCAGGUGAAACAACAUAUCCUGAUUUCACUAAUCCUAAAGCAGAAGUUUGGUGGGAAAGACAGGGUAAACGAUUCCAUGAUCAAGUUCCAUAUGACGGUAUCUGGAUUGAUAUGAAUGAACCAUCUAAUUUUGUUGUGGGUUCUACUAAAGGUUGUACAGAUAAUAGAUACGAUAACCCUCCAUUUACACCAGUUAUGGCAGGUGGAAGUCUUCGAGAUAAAACAAUCUGCCCUUCUGCUAAACAGUACAUGGGAAUGCACUAUGAUCUUCAUAAUAUGUAUGGCCAUUUUGAAGGAAAAGCAACUAAUGAACUUUUGACUAACAUCAGAAAGAAACGACCCUUUGUAUUGUCACGAUCAACGUUUGUGAGUAGUGGAAAAUAUGUAGCUCAUUGGGAAGGUGAUAACAAUUCAGACUGGUAUGAUCUUAAAAUCUCUAUUCCAGAAAUUUUGAAUUUUAAUAUGUUCGGUAUACCAUUUGUUGGAUGUGAUGUAUGUGGAUUUUUUGGAACAACCACAGACGAAUUAUGUACAAGAUGGUUUCAGCUUGCUACAUUUUAUCCUUUUAUGAGAAACCACAGAGAUAAUAAAGGGCCGCAUCAAGAUCCCAUGUCACCAGAUUUUAGUGGUACAACUCAAGCGAGUAUUAAAAAAACCUUAUUACUUAGAUAUCGCAUCUUACCAUACCUGUAUACGUCAUUAUAUCUGAGUCAUACUACAGGACAGGGUGUAGCCAGGCCGUUAUUCUUCAAAUACCCGACAGAUCAGACUGCCUUAACCAUUGAUGAUCAAUUUAUGUGGAGAGAUGGUCUCUUGGUUUCACCUGUAGUCACACAGGGUGGUCAGCAAGUAGAAGCUUAUUUCCCGAAAGAUCGAUGGUUUGAUUUCUAUGAUGGUGGUGAAGUCGCAUCAACUGGAAAGAAAGUAACUUUACAAGCCCCGUUAGAUAAAAUAAAUCUUCAUAUUAGAGGUGGAACCAUUAUUCCUGUUCAAGAACCAGAUGUUACUACCACUGCUAGUCGUAAGAAAAACUUUGGUUUGAUUGUAGCACCAGCUACAACUCAGACAGCUGAGGGAACACUAUUCUGGGAUGACGGCGAUUCUUUAGAUUCUAUCUCAGGAGGUCAUUAUAACAUAAUAGACUUCAAGCUAAGUGGAAGUAAAUUAACUGCAACCCCCACUAAAUCUGGUUACCAAACCACCAUGACACUUGGAUCAGUUGAUAUUUAUGGGAUAGCAGCAAACCCUGCUAGAGUAAUGGUUAAUGGUGCUGAAAUGGCUCAUACUUAUAACGUGCAAACGAAGGCAUUACACAUUGAAAGACUUCAUUCAGAUCUAUUACAACCACUAACUAUCACCUGGUCUUGAUCACAUCACAAACACAGUUUAAAUUUUCAGAUUUAUAUUAAAUAAAG